UUGAAGGAGCGACACGCUAAAAGGAGAAAAAAAAAAGCUUGAUCAAAUUAAACUCAGACUCCAAUGGCGGCGUUGAGGGUUAGCUUCCGCGCUUUGCGACCUUCUUCUUCUUCUUCUUCUUCCUCAAAUUCCCUGGUAUUUUCUCUUGUUCGGUACCUCAGUUCUUCUUCUUCUUCUUCUUCUUCUUCUUCUUUCGUUGACUCUGGAGUUAACCUGCAAAAACCGGCGAACGGCGUUCCUCUCCGGCGAAAGCCCAACGGGAGAAACGACGUCCAUUGGGUGUUCCUCGGCUGCCCGGGCGUCGGCAAGGGAACCUACGCCUCCCGCCUCUCCAAUCUCCUAGGCGUCCUCCACAUCGCCACCGGUGAUCUCAUUCGCGAGGAGCUCGCCUCUUCUGGUCCUCUCGCUCCCAAGCUCGCAGAGGUUGUUAACCGAGGCAAAUUGGUUUCAGAUGAAAUUGUGAUAGAUUUAUUGUCCAACCGUCUUCAAGCUGGUGAGGCAAAGGGUGAAUCUGGAUUCAUACUUGAUGGUUUCCCUCGAACUAUAAGACAGGCAGAAAUUUUAGAGGGAGUGAUAGAUAUAGACUUGGUGAUUAAUCUAAAACUUCGAGAAGAUGCUUUGCUUGCAAAGUGCCUGGGACGACGGAUUUGUAGUGAAUGUGGUGGAAACUUUAACAUUGCUUGCAUUGAUAUUAAAGGGGAGGAUGGGAAGCCUGGCAUAUACAUGCCUCCACUAGAUCCGCCUCCUCAUUGUGCAUCGAAGCUUAUCACACGUUCUGACGACACAGAAGAAGUUGUUAAGGAACGACUCCGUGUAUAUAAUGAGAUGAGUCAACCGUUGGAGGAGUUCUACCGUAGUCGCGGGAAAUUGUUGGAAUUUGAUCUUCCCGGAGGAAUCCCAGAAUCGUGGCCAAAGCUUCUUCAAGCUCUGAAUCUGGAAGACCAUGAUCAACGGUCUGCAGCAGCAUGAACUUCUAAUGCUCUGUUCUAUAUGUAGUAGGUAAGAGUUAGAUCAUUCUUUGCGUUGUGAGCUUGUGAGCAUGCACACGCAUUUAUUUAAUUGAAGUAAAGCGGAGACAAGUUUUUAUUUGCAAAUAAAAAUAAGAAACCUUCAAUUUUAUGCAAGGUAGCUUCCAAUUGUGAUUUAAGAGACGUGUAAAUAUUAAAGGGUAAGAUUGUUCGGAGAGAAAAGGAGAUGUGAAAGUAUUGUUUAUGUUAAUUGGUGGACUGAUGUUCAGCUAAUAAGUGAUUAUUUUGUGAA